AUGAAUCUCCCUUUCGCCAGCUCCCCGUCUCUCCCGCGCCGCCCUGCCGCCCGCCCGGAGCCGGACCCGGACCCGGCGCCCUUCGGCCCGGCCGCCUAUCCCGCCGCGGCGCAGUGGGGAGCCGCCUUCCCGCUGCCUGCCGUCGCCGGGCCUGCUGCCUACUUGCCCGCGGGCCGGGAGGACGGGCCGAGCGGCCGGCUGGAUCCCCCGCACGGCCGCAGGGACGGGGUCCCCGGAGCCGGGUCCCGGUGGGUCAGCCACCCGGUACACCCCUGGAUGUGGAAACGCAGCUCCCGGGUCGGAUGUGGCUACGGGACAGUAACGCGCAGUUGUCGCCAGGUUUACUCCCGGCACCAGACCCUGGAACUGGAGAAAGAAUUCCACUCUAGCCGCUACCUGACCCGUCGGCGCAGACUUGAGAUAGCCGCCGCCCUGUCCCUGACCGAUCGCCAGGUCAAGGUCUGGUUUCAGAACCGGCGGAUGAAAUGCAAGAGGGAGGGCAACUGGGGCAAGGCAUCGACACCGGCCAGCGGCCCAGCGCCGACUGGUGGUGGCUGGCACAUGGAAGAGGAGACUGGGGCGAAGGAAUGAAGACCCACCCUCAACUCCCCCCUCACUCCCCACCCCCACGAGAGGAAGCGCCCCACCUCCAACCAGCAAAGAGUUCACUCCAACUCCAAAUUCCCUCACCCACUGCCACCAAAGCGAUCCCUCCUUCCUCCCCCUCCACUCCCCCAACUCACCUCCAAUUGAGGGAACAGCUCCCCUUCCCUGGGCUGGUCAGCCCUUCCCCCUCAGGACUCCGUCUUCGGCUAGUCCCGAGGAAGGGUCAAUACACGAAAGGGUGACUUUUCAGCCCCAUUGGCUCCGUGAUCGCCCUGCCUCCUGCCGGUCCCUACCGGAUUCCGGCGUCUGCUUUUCCCUGUCUCUGGAUCGCUCUCCCCUUUCGCAUUUCACCCAUUCACAUGAUCGGAGAAUCCCGACCGGCUGGAAGCAGGCCAUUCGGCCCAUCGAGUCCACACCCAACCUCGGAAAAUUAUCCCGCUCAGAGAAAGUCCCCACCCUUUUCUCUGCAUUACCCAUUGGUCAAUCCCACCCUAACCUGCACAUCCCUGGGCACUACGGGGACAAUUUAGCAUGGUCAAUCCCACCCUAACCUGUACAUCCCUGGGCACUACGGGACAAUUUAGCACGGCCAAUCCCACCCUAACCUGCACAUCCC